AUGGUGGGUGCUAGUGAGCUACAUAUUGAGAUAUGCUUGAAAGAUUUGCAAGAAGAUUUCAUGGGAGGAGAGAUCAUUGUUUCAGAUCCUGUGGUUUCUUUCCAUGAAACUGUGUUGGAGAAAUCAAGCAGGAGUGUUAUGAGCAAAUAUCCAAACAAUCCCAACAGGCUUUAUAUGGAAGCCCAACCAAUGGAAGAAGCCCUCGUUGAGGCCAUUGAUGGAGGGCGUAUUGACCCAAAAAAUGAUCCUAAAGUGAGAUCAAAGAUCCUAUCUGAGGAGUUUGGCUGGGAUAAGGAUCUCGCUAAGAAGAUUUGGUGCUUUGGGCCUAAGGCUACUGGUUUGAACAUAGUGGUUGAUAUAUGCAAGGGAGUUCAUUAA